UUUCGUCCGGCAGAAACAUAUAGCACCAUUCAGUUGCUCGCAGACGUUCAGAUAGUGGCGAAGAUGUACCGAAUCAUCAGGCUUGUGGUGAUACUAGCCACCGUACUCGGUGUUGCACUGGGAUCACUAAACGAUGAGUACGACAGUGACAAACGACUCCAUCCGAGGCUGCCGGAUGAAAAUUUGAAGAAGCUGCCCAAAAGCAAAAAUGCCGAACAGGAGCAAACUAUCGAGUACUGGAGAAAUCAGGCAAAGGCAACCGUUGAGAAGCUGGUGGGAAAGAAGGAAAACACAAACAUUGCCAAGAAUGUCAUCAUGUUCCUGGGCGAUGGAAUGUCCAUCUCGACCGUUGGUAUGGCACGCGUCUAUGCGGGCGGUGAAGAGAUUCCACUAUCCUUCGAAAAGUUUCCGUACGUUGGAAUGUCGAAAACAUACUGUGUGAACUAUCAGGUGGCCGAUUCCGCCUGCACUGCCACUGCCUAUCUGACAGGUGUGAAGGGCAAUUACGAAACGAUUGGCGUAAAUGCGCACGUAUCGGUGCGUGACUGCGAGGCGGCACGGAACCGUAGUACGCACACAUCCUCCAUCGGUCAGUGGGCAAUGGAUGCGGGUAAGGACGCGGGUAUAGUUACCACAACACGUGUUACACACGCUUCUCCUUCGGGGAUGUACGCCCAUGUCGCAUUCCGUGAUUGGGAAGAUGAUUAUUGGGUGAAGCAGGAUGGUUGCGAUACUGACCGGGUUGAUGAUAUUGCGGAACAGUUGGUGUACGGUGAGACGGCUCCACGGUUGCGCGUGAUUUUGGGUGGAGGACGGCGUGAGUUUAUGGAUCGUGACGUACAUGAGGAUUAUGAAACGGGCAAAGGAGGAUACCGAUCGGAUGGAAGACAUUUGAUCAACGAGUGGCUUCGGAACGGUCCCGUCGGAGAGAAUCGGACGUUUGUGUGGAAACGAUCGGAUUUGUUGGCGGUUGAUCCACACCGAACGGAUCGAUUGCUGGGAAUGUUUGAACCAAGUCAUUGUGUGUACAAUUUGGAUAGGGUGCACAAAAACCUGGUCGAAGAACCAACGCUCUCCGAAAUGGUGGACAAAGCAACAGAUAUACUCAGUACCAACCCGGAAGGGUUCUUCCUGUUCGUUGAGGGAGGACGAAUCGAUCAUGGACAUCAUGACAAUCAGGCAAGAUAUGCUAUUGAUGAAACGGCAGAGUUUGCGAAAGCGAUCGAACUGGCACGGAACAAGUUCAGUGAAGAAGAUACCUUGAUUGUCGUGACGUCUGAUCAUUCGCACAGUGUCAGCUUCGCUGGGUAUCCGAAUCGUGGCAAUGACAUCUUUGGGACAGCAGGUACCGGAACGGAUGGUAUUCCGUACAUGACAAUCAGUUACGCAAACGGGCGGGGGUUCUACAAGCAUGUCGAUCCAGUAAAAGGAUCCCGUGCCAAUGUGCGAGAAAUGCCAGAUGCCAGUGCAGAUGACUUUGAAUUUCCGGCCAUGUUACCAGUCGAGCUGGAAACGCACGGUGGCGAAGAUGUGGCAGUGUAUGCGUCCGGUCCAUGGUCUCAUCUGUUUACUGGUUCGUACGAACAGAACCUCAUACCGCACAUGAUGGCGUACGCUUCGUGCAUUGGUCAUGGGUUGAAGGCAUGUACGAAUUAAUUAUUCUCAAAAUCAAGUAUCGAAUAAAGUAAAUUAUAUACAUGCGAGUUAAAUUGCUUGACCCCAUA